GUCGUAAAGUUCGUAGGGAGGAUACGCUCCGUUCCCGUCUAUUCCGAGCCUACUUUUACGUCGAUCCAUUUAGAACCGGUUCGAAAGUACCGAGGUGUGGCGUGGGUGAUCCCAGUGCCGCGUCCGACCGUAAAAUAAUUACGUUACAGUUCAAAAAACUUUGUGUCGAAAGUAUUUAACUUUGAAAGUAGUAAAAGUGCAGUGACUCACUUGUGGAUUGGAACAGCGCUAUCUUCGAAUCUAGAACGGGAUAGCUGCUGAACAACUGGUGUUAGAACAAGACGAAAAGAGUGUCCAGUCGGGAACCGGUUGGGUUUUUUUUUGGAGGGAAAAAAGUGGUCGUUUUCGAACGCAUCGGCUAGAUGCGAGUGUUUCUAUCAAGUUGGUAGUGUAUGUGUUCGAAUAGUAUUUUUUGAAAGUGGAACAAGCAUGAUGGCAGUAUUUCCCGCGCUUUUUGGAUUGCUAUUGGCUACAUUAGUGAAAGGCGAGCCGAGUUUCACAAUAACUCCACCAGAGGCCGUAAGACGCGUCGGUGGCGAACUGUUCGUGGAGUGCAAAGUGGCGUACCAAAUAAACUCGUGUCGGAUAAAAGUGGGAGAUCAGUCAUACAUCUUAUCGCCGUCAGGUCAGAACUCAGAGGAUGACGUGAUCUACCACGGCGGUGGGCUCCAGGCUGGAGAAUGCGGAGCCCAUAUACGGCGGAUAAGAGAGGAAUGGAAUGGCAACAUCACAUGCUCACUUCCUCCUCGGACCGGCAACGUUGAGAUUUCUCACAGCAUGACGCUGAUUGUGGCAAGACCUCCCAGCGUAAUUCAUCUAGUAUCUCCCCAGCAACCUGCCUUCAAUGAAGGUGAAAAAUUCACAGCUCAAUGUGUGGUGCCAGACGGAAGACCACCCGCUAAGAUUACUUGGUUUUUAGAUGAGAACCCACUAUUCGAAGGCAUCCAUCAGCCCAUAAUCACAGGCGAACCCAACGAUCUUCAGACUAUUAGUCAGAACAUCAGCCGUAUUCUGGUUGCUGAUGAUGAUGCCAAGACGCUGACGUGCAGGGCUGAGCAUGAAGCUUUAGAUCUACCCAGAGAGGCGAAAAGACAGAUACUUGUACAUUAUCCACCCCAGCGUCUGGAACAAGGUACAAUCACAAUCUUUGGCCUAAAAUUGGGCGCUGAAGGGCGAUUGAAUGUAACCAUUCGGGCAAAUCCUGCCCCGAAGGCUGAGUGGACUGUUGGAGACCAGAGACUGGUUGCACCACAAAGUAACGACCAUGCCAAUAUCGCUGCGUUGGAACCGCUGCGCUUGGGUAAUGGCUAUUAUAACAUCACACUGUUAUUAUACAGAAUUGAAAAAGAAGAUGUGGAGCGAAAGUACUACCUAAGAGUUUCUAACGAUCUGGGCAGUGAGGAAUUUACAGUCCUUAUUAGUACAAUGGAUGAGCCAGCUGCGCGCAAAGCGAAGUCGUCAUUUCUGAUAAUCGAUGUCUAUGGUGUGGAACUAGAAACGGGUGCAAUAGUGGGCAUCGUGAUAGCAGUCCUCGUGCUUCUCAUCGCUGUAUCGCUGGUGGUGUUCGCCAAGGCAACCGACAGAUGGUGCUUUGCAGGACGGUCUCACCGCACCGACAUACCUGAUGGAGCGGACUCCGAAGCUCCUCUGCCCCCACACGAUGACGUCAAGGGCUCGGAAAACCCCUCCCAUGACCACGGAGAGUACAUCAGCAAUGGAAACACAAAAUACCCAGAGAAAAAGCCGGAUACAGCGGUAUAAAUUAUUAUAUGUAAGUUGUGAGCUGUCACUCGUGGAAGUCGCAAAACAUUUAUUUAAGUUACACUUGUCACUUAUCACGGACAUACUGUUUACUACUUAUUAUAAUUAUAUUUAAAAUAUUUUAAGACAAAUAUCAGUAAUCGGAAUAUGAGUACAUGUUUAACAGAACGAAAUGAAAAUAUUUACAAUACCUAUAUAUACAUUGUAUCGAGUGACAGCGUUAAAAUAACACUUUAUUUUGAGAUUGUACUGAAAAUUUUAAUUGAAAAGAGUAGAACUAAAAAGUUAAAAUAUAUAACCAGUUACAAAAAAGGAAAUAUUAGACAUUUGUUUACAUGAAUUAUUAGAUAUAUUUAUUAGUCUUUUCAAUUAAAAUUUUAAUUUUAUUAGUUUGUAUAGUGCCAGAUAAGCUUCAUAUAUUGUUACUUAAUAUAAAAUUCUUUAUGUAGCAACGAAUCUACGAAGACCAUUUUAUAAUUAAGAUUUUUUAUAAAAGAUAUUACUUAUAAAAUAUAGCACUAUAAUUUUAAUAGACAAAUUGGAUAUUAUAUUAGAGAUUUUAUAGUUAACGGCCAUUUCUUUUAGAUGUUUAGUAACUGUUUAUAUUAUGUAAUAUUUUGACGUCUAAUGAAAUUACAUUGUUUUCUGAAUAUGACAAAAAUACAAUAAUAUGUAAGUUUAAUAUAAUUCAUUGUCUAAUUUUUACUCGGUUGUACUUAGAAUAUUUAAGGGUGGUCCCAUCUGUUUCGAUUCCGUUACUAAAAAUGAUGUCACCUGCAGUACCAAUAAAAGUUGGGUUUGAAAACAACGGUCCGAAUCACAGAUGGGCACUUCGCCCUUAAUGAAGUCAGUGAGAAUAGAAAUCUCAGAUGGAAAAUUACUUUUUGUGUAGAAAACGAGUUCUAAAACAAAGUAUAAAGCCUUGACAUUAUAAAUUUUACUGUAUAAACUGACGAUGGCACUCAGAAAUAAAAAAUAUUAUAACGUUACGUAAUUAGCUAAAAAGACAUACUGCAUUUACACAUCUUAAACGAAAUCAGUGAUUCAGUUAACAGUUGUGAAAAGAUAUAGUUUAAAGAAUUAUUUACUUUUAUUUUUGACAAACUAUUAACAUCUCUGUUAUAAUUUUACGAUCAAGAUAUAUAAAAAGAUCAAAUAAUCAAUGAAAUUAUGAAUAUUGCCAUAAUUUAUUGAUAUUUGUACAACAAAGUUAACAUAUUACAAGCCUUGACGAAAACAGCUGUGUGCAACGAUUCAUUGUUCAUAGCAGUAAUACCAUAAAUCUCUCAGCUGGCGAAUUAAGUUUAUAUUGAUAAUUAUAUAAACUUUCGCGCCAACUUAUAUAUUACUAAAAGUUGCAGGUUACGUUAAGUAGUGUUUAUCUAUAUUGGAAAAAUAAAAUGUAGUGCUAUCGUCAUUUAAUGCUUAUGAUAAAUAUAAACAAUACUUAAGGUACAAUUAUAUAUUUUUUUAAGUUUUCCCACGUAAUGAUCUCAAGCAACAAUAGGUGUAUUCCCCAAGUGUUCCUGACCAUCAAUUAGAGUCUGUAAUUACAAAACAAUGUGUUAAAGUAUCUAAACAUAGGCUUGGAUAUUAUCGUGGAUCGCGUCUUUACAUAGUUAUUGUACGUUUAAAGUAACUCGGCUGUAUUAAUAGAAAUCUCAAAUUAUAAAAUAUGCUCUUUAGAUGUAAUAAAUACUCUGAAUUAUUAUCAUAUAUAUUUCCGAUAUGUAUUGGAAUUGUUCGUAUAUAAUUGUAAAUUUUAUAAGCCGUCUUGAUUACCCAAUGUAAAUGUAAGGAAUGUAAGCAUAUUACAUAUAAAACCAAGUGUAUUAUUUUUAUUAACUAUUAGCUUUUUGUAAUAAGCGCUUUUAAUAUAACUUGAUUAUUAGCACGCCACGAUAUCUGAGAUAUUACCAUCACUGAACAGUAAAUUGGAUCAUCAAUGGAGGAAUAAUAUAAUAUAUAAUACUAUUACUACUACUACUACUACAUAAUUCUACCAUUUAAUAACAUUUAAACGUUAUUUGGUAACGUGAAUAACUGAAUAUUCAUACAGCCGUAUAAUUAUAAAUUUAUUUCUCUAAUCUAAAUAAUAACAUUAUAAUGGUAAACUACGAAGUCGUGGCAUGUUAAGGUAAAUUAUGAUCUAUCACAUUCAACCUUAGGUCAUGCAAUGUAUUUUUUUAUAAAACAUAGGCACAAACAUUUAACGAACGAAUAAAGUACAGACUUUUUUGUGUUUCUAAUUUGUAUAUAGGUACAUACCUGCAUGAUAUGAUUUUAUUUUUACACAUUUUUUUUA